AAUGAAGAAAUAAAGAGGAUGUGGAUACACAUGCUCGUGUCGUAUGCACACAUAAUAAGAUAGCUUUUUCCUUUAUUAAUUAGUUUUACUUGCUUUUUGUUACUGAGCUGGCAUCACACUUUGUGCGUGUGUUUGUUAUCAGCUGUAGUAUAAAUAUAGCUUCUUUGCCUUGUAAUCAUUUCAUCCGAAUAUAAUGCAAGUUUUUUCCCUUCUGCAAAAUUCUCUUUUCUGUUAUGGUAUCCAGAGCAAUAAUCUUCCGCUGAUUUUUUCUCUUCUCCUUCAAUGGCACCCCACACACCUUCAUCAUCCAAACUUCAUUCUCCGCCUCCCUAUGAGGACCAGACUAGCCCUUAUUUUUUGCCUAGCAGUGAUAAUCCUGGCGUUCAGCUGGUUACGCAGCAGCUAAAUGGAUCCAACUACAUCAACUGGAAUCGCUCGAUGAUCACAGCACUUAUGGCGAAGAACAAGCUCGCUUUUGUCGACGGUUCAAUCCAGCGACCUCUUCAUUCCGAUCUGCUGUAUGCUCAGUGGCUUCGAUGCAACAGCAUGGUCGUUUCGUGGCUUCGCAACUCUGUUGUACCAGAGAUCAGCUCGAGCAUCAUGUACAUUGAUGAUGCUUCUCUUAUUUGGAGCGAUCUAAGAGAUCGUUUCUCUCAGGGCAAUUUUGCUCGAAUUUGCCAGUUAAAACAACAAUUGCUCACUUUGAAGCAAGGAUCAGAGGAUGUAGGCGCUUAUUUUACGAAAUUGCGCAUUCUAUGGGAUGAAUACAAAGAUUUUCAACCAGCACGGUGGUGCACUUGUGAUAGCUGCCGAUGCCAUAGCUCUCGCAAGUGGAGUGAAUUUCAAAUGCAGGAAUGUUCUAUGCAAUUCCUUAUUGGUUUGAAUCCUUCUUACUCGCAGAUCAGAUCUCAGAUAAUAUCUACUACUCCUCUUCCUUCUUUGCAAAAGAUCUUUGCUUUAGUGUUACAGGAAGAGAGACAGAGGUCUAUUGAGCAACAAUCGCCUGUGAUAAGUACUGAAAUUCAGGGAUCUAUGAUCAAUGCGACUGGUACUGCUCGUGGUAGAGGAGGAAAAGGAAAAUUCCUUUGUACAAAUUGCGGUAAAACCAGUCAUACUGUAGAUAAGUUGUUUGAGCUUAUUGGUUAUCCUCCUGGAUAUGGUAGAGGUAGAGGAAAAUCUCAAGGGUAUUCUACUGAGGGAAACAGAUCCAUUAAUCAAAUGAGUGCUCCUAAAGCUGCGGUUUUCCCUCAAGGAUCUCCUGCUUUAUCUACUUCAGAUAUGGCUAAAAUGAUAUCAUAUUUGCAAACUCAAAUGCAGGUGUCCUCUUCUCCAGCACCUGCACAGCAGAUCUCUGCUCCUACCAAAGCUGAUGUCUACAAUUUUGGAGGUGUUUCUCCUUCAGUUAUUGCCUCUCCUCCAUUCAGUGGGAGCUUUACAGGGGACUGUGAUUGGGAAGGGUAGCAAAAUGGGCAACCUAUAUGUCUAGAAGCAUCACCAGUUUCCUCCAUCAAUCUUCCUAUACCUCAUGUCUGCAAUACUGUAUCUGCCGAUUUGUGGCACCAUAGACUAGGUCAUUUAUCUUUCAAUAAACUUCAGCUGUUGUCUAAAUCUUUGUCUCUUUCCUCUUGUAAGCAUUCUCUAUGUGAGAUAUGCCCUUUAGCUAAACAAAAAACGUUUGUCAUUUCCUGAUUCUCAACAUAUAUCAAAAGAAGUGUUUGAUCUUGU